AUGUUAUUUCUUUCCUUUCUCGCGAUUCUCGCCAGCGGAACACAGGCUGUAAAGGCCGGUCCUCCGUCAGAAAGAUCUGCAGAUCUGUCCAAGUGUAAACAGUACACAAUUCAAGAUGGCGACACCUGUCUCAAGGUCAGCAAAAAGAACAAGUCGACAUAUGCACAGAUCGUAUCGUGGAACCGCGAUAUCCCUUCCAUUUGCUCCAAGAUGAAGUCGCUCAUAGGCACCUCGAUCUGCGUCAGCAAUCCUUCUGGCGCCUUUGGCAUUCCCAUCAACGAACAUGCCGAUCCCUCGAUUGCCACCGCACCUUUCUAUAAUUUGAAGAUGUCCGAGGCGUAA